AUGGACAAAUUUGUCACUGCUUUAAAUGAAACGACAGCAUCCAUGCAUUCCUCCAAACAAUUGAUGUUGAAAUUACCUGAGAAUAUUGUAUUGAAUGAUUUUAAACUUCAAAGAGCUGCAGCAUUAGAUAGUCAGAUUAUAGGUGAUUAUGAAGAGCUAGUGACAGAUUGGAUGAAUACAAUAGAGACUAUAAUAGUCGAUACAUCAGAUGAAAGAUUUAUGGAUCCUAAUGCUGGUCCCUUAUCAGAAUUAGAAAGAUGGCGUAGAAGACAAAGACUAUUAACAAGUUUAACCGAACAAUUAAAAUCCAAGGAAUGUAAAGCCGUGAUUGGUGUAUUAAUUACUGCUAAAUCUCGACUAUUACGUCGAUGGAAAAUUAUAGAUGUUGGGUAA